AUUCAUGGGAUAAUUUGCUAGCAGAUUUCCCUAAAGGUCCGCUUUCCAGGUAUCGUAAGAAAGCUUCCUUCAACUGGAAGGAGAUGGCAGUGUUCAUAGAUGGUGAAGAUAUCAUACAGCUGAAGAGUCUUCUCUGCUCUGGAAAAUGAUCCUCUCUUUGCACAUCAUCCUGGAGAAGAUUUAUGCCGUGAGAAAUAUCAGGAGCUGACCUUCCUGCGCUGUAAAAGGCUUUUUGAGUAUGAAUUUCUCACACCGCAAGAGAUUAUGGAGCAGCCGUUUAGGGUUUUUAAUAUGAUGUCAUUUCUAGGAAUGUAUGAUUGUUCUCUAUGUCUCCAGUUUUUCCUACAUUGUACUGUAAGUACAGUUCAAGGGCUAUAGUGGUGUAUGUUUGAAUUGAAGUAACUUCUAGUACCGUAAUUCUGUUGCUUUAUGCCAUUUUAUUAAAAUUUGAUCUCCUCAUCCUUUCUUUUCAAAAACAGUAUUAAGUUUUAACUGUUUAGAAGGGUCAGAGAGCUGUGGGUAAUUUUUGUUGUUAAACCCCUGUCUCCACUGGAAUCCUACCUGGAAAGUAAAGGUGAAACGGUACAGACAGAGCUACAGAAAACAUUUUUGAUGCUUUCUUUUGUUUACUCCUCUCUAGGGCAGCCAAAGAACUUGGUUAUUGGUGGCUGUGUGUUUGCUUAAGAUUUGCGGGUGUCAGAAAUUACCUGCUUGAGCCCCACUGUCUUAAUGAAAGGCAUAAUCCAAAAAUUUCUCACUGACAUCAGUGGCUGAAUUUUGUUAAUCAGUUGUUUCCCAGAUGGAUCUCUCACAAAGAAUGCUCAGCAUAGCUGGUCAAAUAUUAUCAGUUUAAUUAAUUAAUUAUUACUAUUCACAUAGCUGGGGAGCAUCUAGGAGUUUUGUUGUGUGAAUGUCCAUGUAGCAAAACUGAAGGUAGCUUUCAAAUAAGCAUUCUUGUUUGAUCCUGAAGCGGCUACCUUCAGUUCCCAAUCUGCAGUAAAAUGAACUAAAAUAGUCUUUAAGUUUUCCUUUGCUCAAGGACACUAAGGACAAGUGGAAAGUAUUUCUAAGCAUUUGCAAUGAAGGCUUGAAGAGGUUAGAGCUGGGACAAGUUCAGUCAUCUAUGAAGGGGCCUUGACAAGAUCAAAUCCUGACUUAUGUCCCCAAGCUAUAGUCUAAUUAUAGCUUACUGUGCAGACCACUUUCCCUGGUCUCCUUACUGGACAUCACUAUUGAAAGUCACAUGCAGUUUGUGCUUUUCAUCACAGGGCACUGAUUCAUUCAUUGUUUUGUUUUUACAGAUAUUUGCAGGUCCAAUUAUGAGUGCUUAUGAGAAAUUUGCACACAUUUUGGAGCAAACCUAUAGGAUGGAGAUUUUUGGAUGUUUUGCUCUGACUGAACUCAGCCAUGGAACUAACACCAAAGGCUUACGGACUACAGCCACGUUUGAUCCCAGCACUCAGGAAUUUGUUAUCAAUACACCUGAUUUUGAAGCUGCAAAGUUCUGGAUUGGUAAUAUGGGGAAACAUGCCACACAUGCAGUUGUAUAUGCCCAGCUCUAUACUCCUGAUGGACAGUGCCAAGGAUUACAUCCCUUUAUUGUACAAAUUCGAGAUACAAAAACUCUCCUACCAAUGCCAGGUGUGAUGGUGGGUGACAUAGGAGAGAAACUUGGGCUCAAUGGGUAUGAUAAUGGAUUUGCCAUGUUCCACAACGUCAGGAUACCAAAAGAAAACAUACUGAGUAUAACUGGAGAUGUCACAGCUGAGGGGAAGUAUUCAAGUUCUAUCAAGGAGGUUAAAGAACGUUUCAGUGCAGCUCUGGGAUCCUUGUCCACUGGCAGAAUUACAAUCACAGGACUUUCCACAGCCAUCUUAAAGCUUGCCUUGACAAUAGCCAUUCGCUUCUCAGCAGCUCGCUGUCAGUUUGGACCAGCUGAGGAUGAAGAAAUACCUGUCCUUGAAUACCAAACACAGCAAUGGCGUCUUUUACCUUAUCUGGCUGCUGCAUAUGCCUUAGAUUAUUUAUCAAAGUCCCUGUUUGGGAACUUUGUAGAGUUUUAUGCAGGUGUUUUGACAAAGCAAAGGAGUCAGAGACAGGCUGAUUUGGGACGUGAGAUUCAUGCUUUAUCUGCUGCCAGCAAACCUCUGGCAUCUUGGACUGCUCAGCAGGCAGCCCAGGAGUGCCGAGAAGCUUGUGGAGGGCAUGGAUACCUUGCCAUGAAUCGUCUGGGUGAAAUCCGAAAUGACAAUGAUCCAAACUGCACAUAUGAGGGAGAUAACAACGUCCUGCUUCAGCAAACCAGCAACUACUUAAUGAGCUGGAUGAAUUGCAUAAGAGAUAAAGCUCCUUUUGAAUCCCCUUUGGGAACAAUAAACUUUUUGCAAGACUACCAUCAUAUUCUUGGCUGGAAAUUCACAGCCACUAGCAUUGAAGAUUGCAUGGACUCCUCAGUUCCUUUAGCAGCUUAUAAAUGGCUGGUUUGCUACCUGCUCCGAGAAAGUUACCUAAAAAUGAAUAAGGAGAAGCAGGCUGGACGAAGUGAUUUUGAGGCCAAAAACAACAGUCAGGUGUACUACUGUCGGUCUCUGGCUCUUGCUUUUAUUGAGCAGACGGCCUUACAGCGCUACCAUGACUACACUCACGAUCCCAGCGUCCCAGCAGCUCUGCAGCCAGUGCUGAGGUAUCUCAGUGCUCUCUAUGGGCUCUGGUCCUUGAGUAAACACCUGGCUGUGCUCUACCAAGGUGGCUAUGCUUCAGGUGAACAACCUGGGAAAUUUAUUCAGGAUGCUAUUCUGGAGCUCUGUUACAGGUUGAAAGAUGAUGCAGUUGCCCUGGUUGAUGUCUUUGCUCCUUCUGACUUCAUUCUCAAUUCACCCAUUGGUAAAGCAAGUGGAGAGAUAUACAAAAAUAUAUGGGGAGAGAUCCUUCAAGGCAACAAAGCUCUGAACAGACCUUCAUGGUGGGCAGAAUUUUGCAGUAAUAAACCUGUUAUAGGCAGGCUGAGGUCAAGAUUGUAAACCAAACAACUUUUAAGGGUCUGGAUGGGCCUGAGAUGGAUACCUUGUUACAAACAUCAGGAGGAAAUUAGACCAUAUGAACACCAAAAUGAAAGGGAUUUUCAUUGAGAUGUGCCAAGUUUUAAAAUAACUUUGAAAUCAAGUCCAACUUGAUCUGAGAGACUGUUAACAUAAUAAAGACAAGAUCAAGAGCAGCACAUCUCCACACUAUAGAUAUUUAGUCAAGUAAAUUUUAAAAUAUGAAGAUUUAUUAUAAUCACUUCUUUGCAAAGUUUAUAAUAAAAUUUUCCGAUCGCU